UGUGUGUGUGUGUGUGUGUGUGUGUGUGUGGGAUUAAACCCGGUCAGCGCUGACACUCCAGUGCGCUCGCGCUCUCACUGUCCUGUAAACCGAACGAAAGUAAACCCCGCGCGCGCGGUCUGUGAGUGAGUGUGACUGAGUGUCUGUGUGCGCGCGAGAUCGGAACCGGAGCGGCGGAACCGCACUGACCCUCGCGCGCACCGGAGCACCGAUAAAUGUUUAUUUUAAAGUUUCUCCUGGAUCAGGGCUGAUCUUAGUGAGGACCGCUGCUCCAGCUCAAGCGGAAGAAUGAACCGGAAGUGUGGAACAGACACAAUGGACACACAGAAGAGCCAAUGGGAGCAGAGCAGGACUCCGCCUAGGCUCACCCGGCGAGCUGAUGGCAGGAGCUCCGCCUCCUCGGGGGCGGAGUCAGACUCAGAGGGCAGCAGCACUGAAAGCGAGAGGAUGAGUACCGAUCUGCAUCCUGUCACCUGUCCGAGAACAAGGGGUGGAGCCGUUCUUCCUCCUCCUCAUCCUCAAUCUCUGACCAGACGAAAGGGCGUCGACUCCAAGGCUCUGAACACACAGCGGCGAAUCACGGAGCUCGAUCAGCAGAAGGAGGAGCUAAAGAUAGAGCUGCAGUUGGAGAUUGCGCUGUUAGAGGGUGAGCUGCAGACAGAGAGAGAGCGACUGCGCAAACACACGGCACAGCUGCAGACGCUGCAGGAGUCCAGACAGAAACCGACGCUCAGCAGCACACAGCAGGAGCGAGUAAAGCUGGAGAAGGAGAGGUUGAGGGUGGAGGAAAUGAAGAUGAAAUGGACGGAGAGAGAAGAACUCCUCACUCAGACAGACGGACAGAAAGACGCAGACACACUGCUGCAGAUACAACAGGAGAAAGACGCGCUGGACAGCGCAGUCAGAGCGUUUGAGGACUGGGAGUUUCGUGUCCUUGAGAUGGAAAGUGGCAUGGAGGAGGAGAAGAUGGAUGGAGAGACAGAGAGAGAAAUCAGCCGAGAACAACAUGCCAUCAACACAGCCCAGGAGCGUGUGAGACAGUUGGAGCAGCAGCUGAAGGAGAUGGAGAGAGAAAAGGAAAGAGAAAUGAGUUGCUUGAGAGAGGAGAAGAGAGAACUCCUGCAUCAAACACACCGGAUUUUGAAAGAGAACAAGUCUGUCACUGAUUGGUCCAACAUCACUGGCCCCGCCUCCAGCAUGUCAUCAUUGUCACCGGUGACCAACCACAAAGCAGCGCAGGACGCGUCGAGUUCAGCACGGAGACGGAGCUCACACCGAAAAGUCACCGAGCGGCCGAUGUCCGUGCAGGGACUGAUGAGGAAUCCUGACACUCCUCCUCUUCCUCAUGCCAGACACAGACUCAGUAACGGAAAUGCUAAUGCUAACGGAUUCCACACACCAACUAACAGCACCUGCAGCUCCCGCGCGGCCAGCCCAAGUCUGCGUCUGGUCGACCUUGUGGAGAUCGAGAGGAAACUACGGGAAGCUAAAGCAGAGAGAGAACGGCUGCUGAAGGAGAGGGAGGAAAGGAGACGUAUCGCUGUAGAAGACAGACAGAACGACGACCCAAACACACACACACACCUGAGCACACAACACACACACCUGAGCACACAACAACACACACACCUGAGCAUAUCUGAACACAUCUCACAGCCACACACAAACACACACACACAGCCACACACAAACACACACUCAGAGGAGGAGCCUAAAGAGAGCCACGCCCAGCACUCGCCUGAGCAUCACGGCGUCCCUCUGUUCCUAACGGUGAACUUUGACCUUCGGGCUCACGUGGAGAGUCUGGGUCACGGCGUUGCGGGGUGUCUGGGCGUUCGGCUGUUGCCACGGCGAUGUUGCGGUUUCCUGACGAAGCGAGGCGGCCGGGUGAAGACGUGGAGGAGGAGAUGGUUCCUCUUCGACAUGGACCAUCGCAGACUGGCGUAUUACACCGAUCAGGAUGAGAGGAAGCUGAAGGGUGUGAUCUACUUCCAGGCCAUAGAGGAAGUUUAUUAUGAUCAUCUGCGAACGGCGACUACGUCUCCUCGGCCGAGCCUGACGUUCUGCGUGAAGACGUACGAGCGGCUGUUUUUCCUCGUGGCUCCGAGUGCUGAGAGCAUGCGCAUCUGGAUGGACGUGAUUGUAACGGCAACAGACGAACACAGCCGCUACUGAGCACCAUCACACACACACACACACACACACACACACAGAGGAGGUGAUCAGUCCUCCCUAAUGAGGGCACAGACACACCGAGUUCACCCCGGAUUCACACUCGGCCCUUUCGCUCCGUCUGUGUGGAGAGACGCUGAAGAAGGGGACAUGUGGGAUUUGAUACACAUAGGAGUUUACACACACACACACACACACACACACGCUUACUCCCCUUUUUACCCUCAGAUCAAACUGACAUGAACGCUGUUUCUGUACGACUGUACGUUCACUCAUGGGGCGUAAGUGUGGAUUAGUGCCUCUCUGAUGGGCGUCAUGUCAGAGAUUUGGUCAUCCGCCCAACAGGAAGUGAAGCGUGGAGGAGGAUCUUGUUCUGGUGUGUUAAUCUCAAUCAGGUUUAUGGGAAUGUGUCAGUUAUAACAUGUUUAUAAGCAUAUGUUCAGUAUGCUAACUGCUAACUGAGGGUGUGUUAUUUAUCUCUUUCUGUGGGAAACCAGAUUAAUUAUGUUUUCUGUUCCUAACGAGUCCUCGGCCACUUCCCUCUGGCCCCAAGUCCAUAUUUUACAGGACAUUCAACUUUAAUGUUGCACUGUACACGUCAAGAGCACAAUUUACCCAGAAUGCAUUGCUGCAGUUUGUGACGCAGUUUCCUUUUGAUGGCGAGGAGGGCGUGGUGAGAACAGGAGUGAGAGCUGCUGCCAUCUAGUGGUCACUUUCAGGAACUGCUUGAAUGAAACACUACGUUUCACUCUGUCUUUUAUUUAUUUUCUACUUUCAGUUUAUUAUCAACAUUAAGUUGUAAAAUGUUUCACAGAAAAAUAAGAAAAUUAAAUAAUACA